UCUGCUAUCAACGUACAUCCCACCAUUUUGCUUUAGUAACAUUAGAGAUUUCCACCUCAGUUAGACCGUCGAUUUCAACUGUUCCUUUUGAAUCUGUUUGAAUAUUUAGAUUGCUGUAGUAGAGUAAGCCAAAUUACCCCAGGAAAUUCACAGUAAAUUAUAUUGUCGAUUAUAGGGAUUUGGGUGUUGUUUCUUGAUCAUAACUUUUACUUGUUUUUUGAAGAAUUCAUGGUGCGAGUCGUUCCUAAAAAUGUUGGCCGCGAGCUAGAGGAGAAUCAGGAACAUGAUAUAUCUAGCGAGGGGGAUGAGUCUUCUAAAACCGUUAGUGAUGGGGAUAAUGCUUCUAAAACAGUUAGUGAUGGGAAUGAGUCUUCUGAGACAUCUUGUAAUGGGGAUAAAUCUGCUGAGGAGAAUGAUAUAUUAUUGAUACCAAAACGUGAAACCUCAGUAGACCUCUCCCAAUAUAGUUUGCGUAAGGAAUUGGAGGACGGGGAUCACUUUGAUGGACUUGUGAGCAUUUUAUCAAGGUGGGAUGUUGUUAAAAUUAUACAAUAUUACUUGGAGAAGGAAAAAGUGUACAACCAAUUUAUGAAUAGUUGUUUUGGCUGCUUAUUAAAAGUGAACCUAGAGAAUUGGAACAAAAAUUAUUGUGGCCAAAUCGUACACUAUCUUCUACAACGACGUGUUGUAAGCUUAAAGAAAAAGGAGGUUUGGUUCAUAAUUGAUGGUAAGCCAAUUCGAUUUGGUAUGAAGGAGUUUGCUAUGAUUACCGGACUGAAUUGUGGAAAAAUUCCCACUGGUAAGGCUUUAUAUGAUGAAGGGAAGGCAAAAGAUUUUUUAGAUCUAGUGUUGAACAAAAAGAGUAGUCUAACGGGAAAUGAUUUAAAGGAAAUAUUAAAGAGUGACAGAUUUGAUGCGCAAACAAAGUUGAAGAUCGCUAUGGUGUGGUUUGUUGAGUCUUUUUUAUGGGCUGGUGAUCAAAAGCGAACUGUUGAUAUAAAGAAUAUGAAAAUGGUGACAAACUUGGAUUACUUUAAUGCAUAUCCUUGGGGUAGGCGUUCUUUUGAGAUGACAAUUGAGUUCCUUCUAAAUGUCAACUUAAAGAAAAAGUCUGCAGAAUGGAAGGAAAAUAAUUCCACAUCUAAAGGUUAUAGCUUGCAAGGAUUCCCUUGGGCUUUUAUGGUGUGGGCUUUCGAAGCAAUUCCUAUACUAGGAGAGGCUUUUGGACAGCCAUUGAUAGAAUCUCCCUUGCCACUUCCAAGAUUGCUCCGAUGGUACGAUAAAAAGAAGACACCCCCAGAUUAUAAAACAGUGUUAUUAACAAUGCAAAAUAAAGAGGUGAAUACUUAAGUUUGUUUGGUGCAAUAUUUCAUUUUAGAAGUUUUUAUUAUUGUAGUUUUAUUUACAAAGAGAAUGUAACAUCAAAUUUCUCUUGUAUAAAUGCUGAUAAAUUGAGCAUCUGUCCGACAGAUACAUGAUCUGUCUGUUACAACAGAUGCUUUGGUCCGACAGAUGUGGU